GAUGGGGAAGAAGAGCCGAGUGAAAACGCAGAAGUCAGGAACAGGAGCCACAGCAACAGUAUCUCCAAAGGAAAUGUUGAAUCUAAUCAGUGAGUUAUUGCAAAAAUGCAGCAGUCCUACCCCAGGUCCUGGUAAGGAAUGGGAAGAAUAUGUCCAGAUCCGUUCACUUGUUGAGAAAAUUCGCAAAAAGCAAAAAGGUUUGUCUGUUGUCUUUGAUGGAAAAAGAGAUGACUAUUUCCCUGAAUUGAUAAAGUGGGCAACUGAAAACGGAGCAUCCACAGAGGGUUUUGAAAUAGCUAACUUUGAAGAGGAGGGAUUUGGGUUGAAAGCAACAAGGGAGAUAAAGGCUGAAGAGUUGUUUCUGUGGGUUCCUAGAAAAUUGUUGAUGACGGUUGAGUCAGCUAAAAGUUCAGUCUUAGGAUCUCUGUAUUCUCAAGAUCGAAUUCUUCAAGCCAUGGGCAAUAUAACACUGGCAUUUCAUCUCCUUUGUGAGCGAGCCAACCCCAACUCUUUCUGGCUGCCCUACAUCCAGACACUCCCCAAUGAAUAUGAUACUCCUCUCUAUUUUGAAGAAGAUGAAGUACAGUAUCUUCAGUCAACUCAGGCCAUACACGAUGUUUUUAGCCAAUAUAAAAAUACAGCUCGACAGUAUGCCUAUUUCUACAAAGUUAUUCAG